UUGGGGACCAAGAAGAAAACCCGACUUCCGGAUAAAUAAAUAAUUCAAUGACAGUGGAAUAUCAAUAUCCAGUCAUACUGAUAAGUUUUUUUUUAAAGAAUUUGGAUCACAAAUCUCAAUAACUUGUAUAUAAUCGACAUGAAUUCGCUUGUGGGAUACGGGCUUUCAUCCGAGUCAGAGGAUGAAGAGAAAGGAGAAGACAAGGCGAAUGAGUGCUUCAAAAAGACAGAAUGCACUGUAGAGAAGACAAAAAGCCGUAAUUUCCUGUUGGAGUCGGACUCGCCUUCCAGUGAGUCUGAAUCUGGUCCAGAGAAUGAGGAUCAAGAGGAGCCGCACGCAGCUGAUCGCUCCUUUCCCGAGCCGCUCCUCUCCGUCCGUCCUCACACUCACAAGCUCCCUCCUCCACCUCUGGGAGGGUCCAGCUCGGGUGGAGCGCUUACAGGCAGCAGUGUGUUUGCUAAUCCAUUCAAAGAGCUGGCAGAGGAGCGACUGAAUGUCCUACAGAAACACGUUCCUCUUACUUUACAAGCGCGCCCCACCCAGAUUGAUGGUAAGCGCAUUUGUGUGGCCUACAGGAAGGAUGGCCGCUGCCGCUUUGGAAGCCACUGCAAGUUCGCACAUGACAGCGAUCUGCAGAGUAACCGCGUGGUCACCUCAGACACUGGACCAAAAGACAAUGUUACAGUUCCACCACACGAUGAUGGUCUGCUGGCUCCUCGUAAGGAAGACGCAGAGAAAGACAAUGAACAGCAAAAGAAGAGAAGAGUGGGGGUGAAUGAUUCUCUCAUUCCACCAAAACGUGCGCUCAAGCAGUAUGCCAGACUCUCACAACCAUAACAAUUCAAAACUUUUUGUCUGUAUGACAUAGUUUGGGUUACAACUUACUUUUAUGUGAAAAACAUCCAGGGUGAUGUAUUAUAUUUAUUGCAUUUAUAUGCUACUGAUGAGAUUGUGAUAGUAUGUCAAAUGUGUUACAGAUUUUCUCCAGAGAUAAUUGUUUUGUAGACAGAGGUGAUGUGUUCAGUAUUAGCUGAGAGAGACUUGUGAAAAUGUUUCUAACAAAUGUAAGGAAUAGAUGUCAUUAUUAAAAUGGCAUUUAUCUGGGUCUUAUUUUGCUUCCAAAAGCCCCACGUUUAAUCCUACAUUAAAGGUUUUGAAACAAUAAAUGUAAGUAUACACAUUGUGUAUUUGAUGACUAUAUAUAUAUAUAUAUAUAUAUAUAUAUAUAUAUAUGGUCAAUGUAUUUUCAAAUUGAAUAGUCCCUUUUUUGCUAUUAUGUUAAAUUUCACCUAGGGUUGCACUAUAUAUUUGUGUUGUUUUGUGUUUCUGCUGAUAUUAGAGACUUGUUUUCAUAAAACUGGUAGCUAUAAGUUUAAAUUUCAUAUACACAAGUUCAAAAGUUUGCAGGCAGUUAGAUUUGUUUGAAAGAAAAGUACAUUUAUUAAGCGAAGUUGCAUUAAAUGCAUGCAGUGACAGAAAUACUUUUAUAAAUAAUGUAACAAAAGUAUUUUUCAAGUAAAUGCUGUUAUUUUAAAACAUGUAUCCUGGCUUACACAGCAAAAGUGUUUUCAACAUUUAUAACAAUAAAUGUUUCUUUCAGCACUAAA